CGAAACAUCUAGGGCAUUUUGACCCGACUGUUACACAGACCUUAGUCGAUUCUUCCAGUAGAAAGCGAAAGGGAGAAGAGAGACAGCACAAAAUGGCGAUGAGAUCAGUGGUGAGACGAGUUGGUAUUUUGACUCGGUCCAUGGAGACGACUCGGGGAGCUACUCGUUACUUGAGCGAUGGCAAGGGCAGGAUUCUCAGCGAGGAGGAACGCGCUGCUGAGAACGUUUACAUCCAGAAAAUGGAGAGGGAGAGGUCGGAGAAACUGAAGCAGAAAGCUGAAAAGGAAAAGGCCCAAAAGGAGAAGGAAAAUGCUGACAAGAAACCUGAGGGGACUCAUUGAGGCUAAAAUGCUCAUCAUCCUACUAGCCGGUGAGAUUGUAAAGAAUAAAACUUGUACAUGGUUUUAGCUCUUACCGAGACUAAGACUGCUUCUCAUGCAUUGAGUGUGGUUGUUUGGUUUUUAGUCUGACAAAACUGUUGUAUUCACUCUUUUGAUGUACUAAAGGUGUUUCUGUUGGAUUGAAAUUUUGGUCAAGUCUUGAUAUACCACUUGCGCCUGUCAUGAAA